CAGGGUGAGUGUAUAAAGGCCGCCCCGUGCAUCGAUGCAGGGCGCAGACGCCGUUCACAGCUGCUCCGGCUCGCUCGACUUUGUGGCAAACUCCAAAAACUCUCUUUUUUUUGGGGGGGGGUUAGGGUUAGGAAUUUCAAUUCAAAGCAAAACCAGAAGCCUCCUCAACGCGGAGGAACGUUUGGACCAUUUGGAUUUAAACUUUCCGAGGGCUUUGGGCAAGAGGCGCCGCCCCCUCGCUGCCUCCCCCCCAAGUCCCGGCGUCAUCAUCUUCUGCGGUGCAGCCCACCUCCGGCACUCCCCGCUGCGUAUCGGCCACAGCGCCAUGGUAACUCUCAGCAAGGCCUACUCCGCCAUGAGCAGCAGCCACUCGGACUCUCCCAGCAUGCGGCUGCCUCAGCGCUACAAGACCUUCGUGUCCAAGGCUCAGUACCAGAUGGUGCUGGCCACCUUGCGCAAGUUGCAGGAGAGCGGCUUCUACUGGGGCGCCAUCACGGGCAAGAACGCCAACAGCCUGCUGGGCGCCGAGAACGCCGGCACCUUCCUGGUGCGCGACAGCUCCGACAACCGCCACCUGUUCACGCUCAGCGUCAAAACCGCGGCGGGCACCAAGAACCUCCGGGUCCAGUGCGACGCCGCCUCUUUCUACCUGCAGACGGACCCCAAGAACAUCCACGCCGUGCCCCACUUCGACUGCAUCCUCAAGCUGGUGCACUACUACAUGCCCCAGAGCAGAGGGAACGGACGCAACGUGGACUGCAUUUACUCGGGCGGCGAGAAGGUCCCGCUGGAGUUGGUCAAACCGCUCGCCUGUUGCCCGUCCACCUUGCAGCACUUAUGCAGGAAGACGGUUAACGGACAUUUGGACAUUUCCUCCACGAGGGACCAGCUUCCCCAUCCUCUAAGGCAAUACAUGCAGGAUUACGACUCUCCCAUUUAAAAGCGCAUUCCGACUCUGAGAGGAGCCAGAAGGUGGGGGCGACUGCGAGCCGGGAGUUGAAGUUCCCGGCGACGAUGACCCACUGUUUCCCCUCCUCUAACGAUGCUGCUAACAAUGUGCUGCGAGGCCUCGAGCGACGCCAGCUCUUUGAGUUCGCGUCUAUCCAGCAGCCACGGAAUGUCCCUCCCCGAAUGCAUUCUGGGAAUUUUAUUUUAUUCUUUACACAGGAGCAGUCGCACCUUUUGCAGAGGGCUGAACUCUUGACUGAAUCCUCCGCGACUGUCGAUUUUUGAGAUGUUAUUUUGUUCUUGGCACUGACAGGAACGCCACUCGCUCGCCAAUGAAUGUAUUUAAACAAGACAAAACAAUCGGUCUUAUUUCACUGUGUUCUUUGACACCACCAUGUUUACAUUGAUUGAAGACAAACUCUUUUAUAAAGAUGUACUAAAGAUGCUUGAACGUUGACUGGUCGACACAACGAUUUGCACUUAUUUAUACGUGGACGAACAUUUCAGUAAUUUAUAAUAAAGAAUGUUAUUUUUCUA